UCGCCAUGGCAACCAUCGUCCUGUAAAUCAACCAUCCUGCUCGUCUUCACUGAGGAGCGGGAGCUCGUCAUGGCAGAGCUAGGUCUCAACGAACACCACCAGAAUGAAGUGAUUAACUACAUGCGAUUUGCACGCUCUAAGCGUGGCCUGCGUCUCAAGACAGUGGACUCUUGUUUUCAGGACCUUAAGGAUAGCAGGCUUGUGGAAGAGACAUUCACAAUAGAUGAAGUGUCAGAUAUGCUGGAUGGCUUGCAGACUGUGGUACACAGUGAAGUAGAGUCAGAACUUAUUAAUACAGCAUACACAAAUGUGUUACUCCUGCGUCAGAUCUUUUCCCAAGCUGAGAAGUGGUAUCUUAAACUGCAGACUGACAUUUCUGAGCUGGAAAAUAGGAACUUGUUAGAGCAACUUGCAGAGUUUGAAAGGGCAGAAUUUGUAUCUUCAAAUAAGAAGGCCAAUCCUGAGCAGGUUAAACCUAAACUUACUCCACUGCAUGAAGGAGCAUCAGACUUGCUACAGAAGGAAAUUGCGAGACUUCAAGAAGAAAAUGAAAAACUGAAGACUAGAUUAAAGACUAUAGAAGUGCAGGCGACGACUGCACUGGAUGAAAAAUCAAAGCUAGAGAAGGCUCUGCGAGAUCUACAGAUAGUUCAAGAAGAUAAAAAGUUUGACACAACUCAGGAUAUUAAUGAACUAGAAAAUACAGUCGCUGCUCUGAAGUGCCAGUUUGAAAAAACUUUGAAUGACAGUACUGCAAACCAAAAGUCCUUGGAAGAGAAUCUGGUGACAACAAAGCAUGAGCUCCUUAAGGUUCAUGACCAACUAGCUAUGGCAGAAAAGGAAUUGGAAAAGAAGUUCCAACAAACAGCUGCUUACCGCAACAUGAAAGAGAUUCUUGCGAAGAAGAAUGAACAGAUAAAGGAGUUACGGAAAAAACUUUCAAAAUAUGAGCCAGAUGACUAAGAUCUGAAAAGUAUUCAGUCUGUCAAAAAUCUGCCACAAAAGGAAUUCGAAACGGGAUCAGUUUUUCCAUCCAUUACAACUUCCUGCUUUCUAAUGAGUUUAUUUUCUGUUGGUUUUAAAACUAUCUUUUAUUUUUAGGAAGCAGUUAAUGAGAAUUUAAAUGAAAGACGUAGUCUUAUUUCUCCGUUUAUGCCUUUCUGAAUAGUUACUUUGUGCACUGCCCCAAAACUUGCAAGCGGAAAGUCAUUAGCCAGUUUUUCUGUAGAGAGUUUUAUUUUUUUAAGCAAGUGAUUAAAUGCUAAGGCACAAGGAGUUCAUUCCAUGAGAUUUAAACAUAGCUUUUAUUUUUUUACACUUACAGUAGCAGCAGCAAAGUCACCAAGCUGAUUCUGUACUAUAGUGUGUUCACUAAUUUUUGUUAUUCAGUAUAAAUAUUAUUGGCUCAAUAAUUUGCAAUAGAAGAUCUGCACUGAAAAGGAAGGGCAAUCUGUUUGCUGUGUAUGAGAAGCAGAAAAUUGUUUACUGGUUAAGUAACACUGGUACUCAAAUCUUGUGUCUUACAUUUCCAACUGAAUUUGUUGUCUUAAGAGUGAGGGGCUUUUUAAAAGUUCCUUUUUUAAAAUUGCAGGGCUCAAAUUCCAAGGAUAGCCUACUUCAAAUCUUUCGUGCAUUUCACACAGUAAUUUACACAGAAUCUCUGGUCAGGCCACAAUGGAAGAAAGAGGGUAUGUGCAGCAGCCAUUCUAGCUAGAUCCCUCCCAUACAUUCCAGCAAUAUGCAACAGAUCAUAGAAUUAAGUGGUUUGUUCCAGGUUCACUAAGUGGACAGGAGGCUAUAAGAGGCCAACUUUUCUGUAGGAUUUAUAUAAGUUUUUUUUCUUUUUUUGGUAGUGAUGCCAUUGCUUUCUUAAGGCACACUUUCAGUCUACAUUUCUGUAUU